UAUGAAUUUCCUGCACCGAAGCUCUUUCCAUUGCUUCCUUUCUUUCCCUCCGUCUUUAACACUCUCAAUCCUCACUUUAGCAAAGAAGAAAAUUAAUAAUAAUAAUAAAGGCCAAAAUUCUGAAAUCGUUAAGCCAUGAGCACGACGCAACAAGGAACGCACUCCCUGGCGUUCAGGGUGAUGCGGCUUUGCAAGCCAUCGUUCCACGUCGAACCUCCCUUCCGCAUCGACCCCACCGACCUCUUCGUCGGCGAGGACAUCUUCGACGAUCCACUUGCUGCUUCCAACCUCCCUCCUCUCUUAUCUAGCCACGUCAGUAAGUCCACGGACUCCUCCGAUCUGACCUACGGCGACAGAUUCCUCCUCCACCACCCCUCCGAUGCCAUGGGCUUCUCUGGCCUCCUUGUCCUCCCUCAAUCCUUCGGGGCGAUUUAUCUGGGAGAGACAUUCUGCAGCUAUAUUAGCAUCAAUAACAGCUCUAAUUUUGAAGUUAGGGACGUUAUUAUUAAGGCAGAAAUUCAAACGGAGAGGCAGAGGAUCCUCCUCUUGGAUACAUCAAAAUCACCUGUUGAAUCAAUACGUGCAGGCGGGCGAUACGAUUUCAUUGUGGAACAUGAUGUCAAGGAGCUUGGAGCUCAUACGCUGGUUUGCACUGCAUUGUACUAUGAUGGUGAUGGUGAUCGAAAAUAUCUUCCACAGUUUUUCAAGUUCGUUGUUGCUAACCCACUAUCAGUUAGGACAAAGGUCCGCACUGUCAAGGAAACUACCUAUUUAGAGGCUUGCAUAGAGAAUCAUACAAAAUCAAACCUUUAUAUGGACCAAGUUGAGUUCGAUCCAGCUCCUCAUUGGAGUGCUAUAGUACUAAAAGUUGACUCUGCAGAUGAUUCAACUGGUGGCAGAGAGAUAUUUAAGCCACCUAUUCUUAUCAGAUCUGGCGGGGGAAUUUACAAUUACCUUUAUCAAUUGAAAUUUUCUUCACCUGGUUCUGCACAAGUGAAGGUAGAGGGGACUAAUAUUCUUGGCAAACUUCAGAUAACAUGGCGUACAAAUUUGGGAGAACCGGGCCGCUUGCAAACACAGCAAAUCCUUGGCACUCCCAUCACUCGUAAAGAGAUAGAGUUGCAAAUUCUGGAGAUUCCAUCUCGAAUAAAUUUGGAUAGGCCCUUUUUGGUACAUCUGAAUCUUACAAACCAUACAGAUAGAAAGCUGGGCCCAUUUGAGGUCUGCUUAUCUCAAAAUAGUGCACAUGAGGAGAAGACUGUUAUGAUUAAUGGGCUUCAGACUAUGGCAUUAUCUCAGGUGGAGGCAUUUGGUUCCACUGAUUUCCAUCUGAACCUGAUUGCAACUAAACUUGGAGUCCAGAGAAUUAGCCGAAUUACAGUGUCCGACAAAAGAGAGAAGAAAUCUUAUGACCCAUUGCCAGAUGUGGAGGUUGGUAUCAUAUUUGCUGGUUUUAACAUUCAAUAUAUGUUUUCUUGCCAUCUCAAAUUGGUAAAUAUCAGUUCUCAUAUGUAUAUUAACGGUUAACUUAUGAUAAAUAAUGAUUGCAUAUUGCAGAUCUUUGUGGAGUCAGAUUGAUUUAUCAAGUGAUUCUAAUUGUUUAGGCUUGCUGAAGGUUGAUUUAUGAUACCUACAACAGAGCAAAAGAUGCUUUGAAGUGUAAGGGUCACGGGCAUAAUUAGAAUGAUCAAUUGCAAAGGGUGUCUUUCUGCCAUCUUUUUUUACUUGCAUUGCCUGCAUGAAAAGGGAGUUGCCUGUUUCAACCUCUUCCGCUGAUCAAUGCUAAGCUGCGCCAUUAGUUAGAUGAUAGACUCCUCUAUGUUUGUUCGUUGUCAUCAUCAAAAAGCCUUAUGUUCG